GUUUGAUAACCGCUACAACAAGAAGAACCUCAGGGCUCCGGACUUCAAGAAGAAGGACGACCCGGAGGCGGCUCUCUGGGUCAACGGCUACAACAGGCCCAGCUGGGUCCCCGAGUUCCUGUCCCAGCUGGACGCCAGCCGCCAGCAGCUGCAGCCCCAGACGCAGCUACAGCAGCAGCAGCAGUACGGAACCCAGCCGCAGUACCAGGCACAGUACGGAACCCAGCUGCAGUACCAGGCGCAGUACGAUACCCAGCCGCAGUACCAGGCGCAGUACGACACCCAGCCGCAAUACCAGUACCAAACCCAGCCGCAGUACCAACCGCAGUACCAGCCGCAGUAUCAGCCCCAGUACCAGUACGAAACCCAGCCCCAAUACCAGUCCCAGACCCUGCCGCAAUACCCGCCACAAAACUGGCAGCAGUACCAAGCCCCACCCCAGCCGCUGGCGCUGGCGCAGCCUGAGUCCGGGUCUGACUCUGAGCCAGAGUCCCAGGCGGUGCCGGAGCCCCAGUCGCACGCCCAGUUCGAGACCGAGACCGAGCUGCAGCCGCAGCAGAGCCUUCCAUGGUGAGGCGAACCACGGGCCACCCCAGCCUUGUUCUAGGCUGGCUGAACGUCUAGGCUAGCGGGAGGGGCAGGGUUGUGGAGCGCUCCGACUGACACGGUUUACAUAGGUUGCAUCUGCAUCUUGCAUGGUAUAAUAUAUUCGUUGUUGUUGCCGUUCAUGGAGGAGUUGGAGCAGCACCGGAGGUGGACGGUUGACGUAAUAGAACGGCAUGGCGUGGCAUGAGCGCAUGUGCGAAAGGAGC